GUUUCAUUCCUCCGCGGUUAUUCGAGAAUCAUCAUCAACCAAGCGAGAGAACAGAACAGAGCAAAAAUGGCGUCGUUGUUGCAAUCGUUCAUCGAUCCGAAGAAGAACUGGCUCGCCCGUGUGCACAUGAAAACGAUUUCUCAACGCCUUCGCAGAUACGGGCUCCGCUACGAUGAUCUUUACGAUCCUUACUACGAUUUGGAUAUCAAGGAGGCUCUCAAUCGCCUCCCCAAGGAGGUGGUGGAUGCUCGCCAUGCCCGUCUUAAGCGUGCCAUUGACCUUUCCAUGAAGCACGAGUAUCUCCCUGAGGAUCUUCAGGCAAUGCAAACCCCCUUCAGGAGCUACCUUCAGGAUAUGCUGACCUUUGUGAAGAAGGAAAGAGCAGAGCGUGAAGCAUUGGGAGGUUUGCCCCUGUAUCAACGAACCCUUCCUUAAGUCAUGAAGUGUCGUGUGAAGCUAUUUUGAUUGGAGUGGGAGCUUGAGUUGUGUUAGUGUUGUGAUAGAAUGUUUACGUUGAAGAAAAAUGUACUGCUUCUUGAUAAAUGGUGAUAUGAACCGCAUUUUUUAAUUGUAUAAACUUCCCUCAUGCAUUUUCCAAUAAAUGGCACUAGUAAACUGGUUUGCCCUCAAAA